GAGAUACGGAUUUAGCAGACAAGCUGGAAAAACAGAACAGGCUGAAGAUAAAAAAGUGGCGCUACCUCCAGGGCUUGCAGCAGCAGGAAAAGCUGAGCCUUGUGAUGAAGAUGACCUUCAGGCUGCUGAAGAGCUUCGCAUUAAAACUCUGAUGACUGGAAUGGCUGCAAUGGCAACAGAAGAGGGCAAAUUGACAGCAAGCACAGUUGGCCAGAUUGUUGGACUCCAGUCAGAUGAGAUCAAGCAAAUAGUGUCAGAGUACGCUGAAAAGCAAUCUGAGCUUUCCGCUGAGGAGCGACCAGAGCGGCUUGGAGCUGCCCAACAACAUAGAAGGAAGGUGGCAUCUCUGAAUAAGCAGGUUUUGCAAAAAACCAAACUCCUGGAAGAGUUGCAAGCUAAAUGUACUGAUCUGCAGGCAAAAUGUACCGAAGCAAAAAAGACGUUAACAGAGGUAAAGAGUUACAGUGAAAAGUUGGACAAGGAAUUGGCAGCCUUAGAAACAAUAGAAUCCCAAGCAGAUUCUAGCGUAUUACAGAGUCUGCGAGCACUGGUGGCCAUGAAUGAAAACCUGAAAAGCCAGGAGCAAGAGUUCAAAGCACAUUGUAGGGAAGAAAUGGAGAGACUUCAACAAAAUAUUGAGAAUUUGAAAGCGGAGGCAGCGGAAAAUGGGGAGGAACAGGAGCCGAAUAAGAUCAUAGAACAGCAGUACAAAACUGAGAAAGAUAAACUUCAAAAGAUCCGGCUGUUAUUGGCACGAAGAAACAGAGAAAUAGCCAUUUUACAACGCAAGAUUGAUGAAGUACCCAGCCGAGCUGAGCUAACACAGUAUCAGAAGAGAUUUAUUGAACUUUACAGUCAGGUCUCAGCAACUCACAAAGAAACGAAGCAGUUCUUUACUCUUUAUAAUACACUGGAUGAUAAGAAAGUAUAUUUGGAAAAGGAGGUUAACUUACUGAAUUCUAUUCACGACAACUUUCAUCAAGCAAUGGCAUCUUCCGGUUCUCGUGAGCAGUUUUUGCGGCAGAUGGAGCAGAUUGUAGAAGGCAUCAAACAGAAUCGAAUGAAGAUGGAAAAGAAGAAGCAAGAAAACAAAAUGCGAAGAGACCAGUUGAAUGAUGAAUAUUUAGAGCUUCUAGAGAAACAGAGGCUUUACUUUAAAACAGUGAAAGAAUUUAAAGAGGUAUGCCGUAAGAACGAAAUGCUGCUCUCCAAGCUGAAAGCUAGUUCUUCCUGA